UUAAGGAGAUCUGCAGUAACAAUCAUAAAUGAACUGGAUUGUAUGCAUUUACGUAUUUUUAAAUUCUCUUUUUACCUUUUCGUUCCCUCUUAUUAACAAAAAGUGAAAGAAAAAAAAAAGAAUGAUAAAUUCAAAUAAACCGAUAGCCAGGAUUGUCCUAGUUGCUAUAGUGAUUUUUACUGGUAUUUAUUUAUUCACAACUUCCACAGUCCACCAAGACAACCCCAUCAAGGAACAAGGGGUUACAUGGGACGAUGACUACUUUGCUUACACUACUUCUUCAUGGACAUACGAAAAUCCCACCAACCUGACAUUUCCUCAUCAACGAUUCAAAGCAGCCUUUGUCACAUUUGUCAAGAGUGACACAGCAUCACUAACAAAAUUACGGUUCACCAUUCGCAACAUUGAAGACCAGUUCAACCGAAACCAUAAUUACCCUUAUAUUAUUUUCACGGAUCAAGAACUUUCAGAAGAAUACAUGGAAUUAGCAAGUACACUAACACAAGCCACCGUGCGCUUUGAACGGGUGGAGAACGAUUUAUAUGGAUAUCAUCCUAGCACGGAUUUAAAAAGAGCUGCCCAGGCUCGAAUCGACUUACAAAGCACAAUGUUUGGAGACAGUGAAGACUAUAGAUUCCAGUCUCGAUUCAUGGCAGGCACGAUUUACAGACAUGCUCUGAUGCAGGACCUGGAUUACAGCUGGCGAUUCGAAGCGGGAACAGAAUAUAUCUGUCCCAUGGAUGAAGAUCCAUUUCAAUACAUGUUUGAAAAAAAAUUGAUUACUUCUUUUUCAGUGGCAUUGUAUGAGUAUAAGGAGACGAUUCCCUCGUUAUACAAUACCGUGUUGGAUUUUGCAUCUAAAAAUAAGGAUUGGAUACAACCUGCUAGCGACCCAAAAACUUUAUGGCAUUUUAUUUUGGACGGCUCAAAUUCAUUUAAUGGAUGUCACUUCUGGAACAAUUUUCAGGUAAGCUUAAGCUUUUUUGAUCAUGUGAGCUGUAUGUAGUAUGAUCCCUAAUAGAUCAGGCAUUUUUCAACCAUUUAGAUCUAUCAAAUGGUAUAUUUUAUGAACGAUGGGGAGAUCCAAUUAUCCAAUCGUUGGGAGCCGUCAUGUUCUUGACCAAGGACGAUAUUCAUUUCUGGGAUAAUAUCGGUUACAGAGUUGCGAAUUAUUUCACACAUUGUCCUAGUGAUAAAUCUCGCUAUUCUAAAUGUACAUGUCGUCCGGAACAAAA